AAUUCUGUGUUUCCCACAUGUGCCUGUCGAAACUGUGACAUGGAAGUCUUUCUACGAAUUUAACAUGGAACGUCAGUAUUCUACAGGUUGUGUGUACGGACCUACGCUUUACUCCAACCCCUAUGGAGCUGUACUGUGAUCACCAUGGAAACAGGAUUCACCUUCUCUGUUCCUCUGUGAUGACCACCAAAAAACAAGCCGAACUCAAUGCCGACAUUCUUAUCUGGACAGGAGCAGAUGGGCGAAGGUCAAAGGUUAACCUAGAUGUAAAAGUCAGAGAGGCUGUGUAUAAGGAGGUAGACAAAAAAUGGUACACUUUACAUUUGGAUGAGGAAAAGCUUGAAAAAUGCAGGAAAAUACUGAGAAAAUGCUUCGAGACUGGAAAAUUCAUGAAUGCCAAUAAUAUCAGCAUCUUUGUUAAAAGGGAGAGCGCUACAGCCAGGAAAGGACAAACAUCACGACGGAAGUAUACAGCAGAACCUUUCACCUGCUUUCUGAAGACUCCGGGUCGCUUUUCUAGUUCCAUCAUUAUCCCGAUCUUAAUCCAAUCUAAUCAGGUUCAGAAUGACAUGUGUUUUGUGUUUGUGGAUUGCUCAUCUCUGGAGACAUUCCUUGAGCCAAAAGUUUGUAUAAAAAGUUAUCGCAAUUUUUAUACCGGGGAUCCUUAUUGGGAUUCCUCGACUCCUGUGACCAGCAUGCUGUCCCUACCUCAUGCUGACCUUGUACCUCUUGCUGUUUCAUCCAGUGAAGUGAUAUACUAUGACAAAUAUGGAGAGGAAUUUGACAGAGUGUUUAUGUCUGAUGUAAAACUGGAAUGUGGUCCACCACAGGUGUACAGGAACCUGGUGUAUUAUGUCGACCAGGAAAACAGCCUGGUCCAAGGUCUGAAUGGGAAUAGAACGGUUCUGGAACAUUUUGCCUUUGUAAACAAAAUGGCUGUCUGUCGCAAUGUCAUUAUCAUGAUGAACUUGGAAAGUCUUAUUUUUGCUGACGCCAUAAGUCUUCUCCCAUUGGAAGUACUGCUCAGUGACAAAAUCACACCCUCACUACCAAAUGGAGUAGAUAAAGAAAGAGUCACUUAUUUUAAAGUGAUUGGUGAAAAGGAGAUUGUCAAGGACACCGGAAUCAAGUACAACUUGGUAGCCAUAGCGAUUGACUCGCAUUUGGUUGUUGUGGAAAUACCACUUUGUGAAGAGCCAGAGUUUGUUGAGAUAACGAUGUGUGUAGAAGUGUGUGGCCUCGCCAAGGAUAUCUGCUUUAUCAGUCCUUAUUGUGGUGUACUGGUGUCUGUUGCAUCACAUUCUUUUCCACGGGAAACACUCCAUCAUUUUGACUCCAGAGGCCGACUCCAAGGACUGUUACCAGGACUUGGUAAGGGACCACGCUCCUUCCUCCCCCUCAUGCUGCCAAUCAAAACCGAUGGGGCGGAGUCAGAUAGAAAAGCGUGGCACAUAUACAUGAGAGACGGACAUGAUGGAAUCUUGUGUGUUAUCCUGGAGUAGCGGUCGCGCUGGCCGAGUGGUUAAGGUGUCCCGACACUUUAUCCCUAGCCCACAAACUUCCUAAUUAUAUAGGUUUCCCUCUGUCCCUAGAUAUCAUUUUGACUAUUAAGGCUAUCUUGGAUUUUGACAGGUGAAGUUUGUUGCAUUGAUUUUGUAGAAAGUAGAUUUUACAAACUUCUUUUGUAGUGAUGCACAUUCAAUAAGAAAAACAAGAUGGCGACCGAUAGGAAAGUUUUAUGGCUAUUCUCAGGAAGGAUAUCAUUGUCUCUUUCUCAAAUUUUGUAUGUAGACUCCGCUGAAUAAAUCAUGUAGCAAUUUUUCAAUUUCUAUGACUGAUGCUGAUAAAUAUUUUGAAUUUCAACAGUGGAAGGUAACAUUUGUUGUUACUGAUGACAAUUAUCCUGUUUCUGUGAAGAUUACCAAGUUUCUGUCAUGUUACAAAUGACAAUUCUCUGGUUUCUAGGAUGUUGGUGAAAACAAUUAUCCAGUUUCUGUGAGGUCACCAAUGACAAUUCUCUGGUUUCUGUGGUGUUACCAAUGACAAUUUUCUGGGUUUCUGUGAUGUUUCUAAUGACAAAUUUUUCUUAUUGAUAUGAUGUUACGGAUGACAGUUGUCUUUUUUCUGUGAUCUUGACGAUGAAAAUUUUCUGGUUUCUGUGAUGUUAACGAUGACAGUUUUCUGGUUUCUGUGAUGUUAACGAUGACAGUUUUCCUGUUUCUGUGAUGUUAACGAUGACAGUUUUCUGGUUUCUGUGAUGUUAACGAUGACAGUUUUCUGGUUUCUGUGAUGUUAACGAUGACAGUUUUUUGGUUUCUGUGAUGUUAACGAUGACAGUUUUCUGGUUUCUGUGAUGUUAA